AUGCAGAACCAGUCCGGCCAAGGCAUUUCGCACGCUUCUGGGGAGUCCAAGGUACCCGGCUCGGUGCAGAAGAAGGCACCUCAGGGGCUUGAGGAAUCUCUUCCUGACUCCAUUCACCCCACUGGCUCUAACCCGGGCCAAUCCACCAACAAGACACACGCCAAGGAUGGUGGUGCCGCUUCUAUCGUCCCUCAGAAGCUUCAAGAGAAGCUUCCUGAGGGUGUCGAGCGUGCCGUUCCCAAUGCCAUUCACGAUACGGGAGACAGCAGUGGUCUGCACCGCAAGCAGUAG